GGAGGAGCCGCCCGGCCCGCGGAGCCCGCUCCUCUUUCCUGAGGGAACGCUCGCUGCCCGGCGCUGCGCUGGCCGCUCCGGAAUCCUCACGGCCUCGGCAGCUGGGAGAAUGACAGGAGGUGACAACUGUUGGGAUCAGGAUGGAUGGUCAGGAUGGAUCAGAGCACCCCCACAGUGCAGCAGAAAUGAGGAUACAUGACAAUAAUUAAGUAUCACCAGGAAGGCAAAUUGCAUUAAUUUAAUCAUCAGCAUCACCCCCCAUCACUCGUUUCGCCCUGGAGGGAGAGGUUUUUCCUGGCAGUUUUCUAAGUUGCUGUGCAAUACCUGUGUCCUCCCAGCUGGGCGUGAGUGAGGAGGAGGAGGAGGUCCUGUUCAGGACAUGGAUGAGGUUCCCCUCCAUGACCCAGUGGCUUUCCAGCUGCUCCAGCACGUGACAGCCACAGUGCCUCCAGCAGUGACUCCCUGUCACAGACUCAGCUGCGAGCUGCCAUCCCUCACACUGACACUUCAUUAAAGGUUGUCUCUCUCAAACAUCCUCCAUGCAAACAAGACAGAAUUGUCACUUCCCCUCUGUACUGCCCAAGGACUGGGAUGGAGAGUUUUGUCUUCCUCCACCACACUUGGUGACCUUACCUGUCCUUGCAGUUCCAACCCCACACCUCCCUCCUGCUGUGCCUCUGCAAGUCCUAAAUUCAUGCCUUGUCAGGGCAGGGGCUAUUCCAGCUUGACUCCCACAUCCCAGCUCGUUCCCCUAGGGGAGGCAAGAGCUGACAGCAUCAGCUGCCUGAGUUCACUCUGAGGAGGCAGCACCAGCCAGGCGUGAGAUUCUGAUCAGGCCUUCAGGCUGGCAUCAUCCUGGGAUGAAUCCACAACAUCCAUCAGCCACAGAGCCCAGACCCCCCUCCUGGGCACCCCAACCCCAAGCUGAGAGCAGUCACAGCACCCAUGGUACAGACAGUCACUCCUCACAGACUGCUGCCUUUAUCCUUCAAAAAAUUUGGUGGGAGCCAGACUUUCUGUGAUGUAGGAAGCUGACUGCUUCCCGAGGUCCCUCCUGCACCCACCAGAGAAAUGGCAGUUCCCAGGGAAGCCAGGGACAUCUUGCUGCAGGGACAUCCAAGCAGAGGGGCAUUCCCAAAGGGUGGGGAGGGAAUCUUGCCACUGCAGGAGCCAUAGCACAUCCCUCUGCAGAGCACUCAGCCUCCCACCAACUCCCUCCCUCCAGAGACCUGCUGUUGCCCUCCUCUAUAAAGCCCUUCCCUGCCUGGAAUCAGGCAUGUGGAGAAGAAAAGGCUGUUUAUCCCUUUCCCAGCUGGCUCCUUGCUCAGCAGCCUCAGCACAGCAGCCAUGGGAUGAUGCUGUGGCCUCUGAGUGCCCCCAGCCUCUGCUUUGCCCUCCAGGUCUGCCAGCACUCUCCUCAUGUCACCAUUCCUGCUGUCCUGUGAGGUGCUCAGAGCCAUCUCAGCCAUAAGGAAUGGAUCUCAUCGGCUUUGUCACUUCCCUGCCCUUUUCCCAGCUGCUGAGGUUGAGAUGCAACAAGUUUGUAGGUUCUGCUACAAGGCGUGCACACCUUUGAGGGUCUGGGAAUCCCAAAACCCCCAGUUCUGUGCUCCUGAUAUUCCCCCUCAGUGAAUUACUGGCUCAUCCCUGCGGGGAGAGGCCAAAGCCUCACAGGUGUGGCCCUGUGAGUCCCACCGGGAUCGUUGUUGAAGCUGCAGGGUUGGGAUCAGCCCUGGGAAGGGUGGCAGGCAGAGAUCACGGUGUUAUCACUGCCACAACCAGCCUUUCUCCUGGAAAGGGGAGCGACUCUGAUUUCUCUGUGGGCUGAAGGUCACGCUCGGUUUUACAGCCUGGCAAAGGAGAAGAAAGGAGCAAUUCUGUUUACUUAGGGAGUCAUUAAUAUCCCAGCUCCUGGCAUGUACAGAGGCAGCAGGAACCUCCCCCACAGAGCAGCAGAGAGAGAGGCUGUGCAGCCCUUUAUUAUUCCAUUAUCAGCCAGGCAGGAUUAGGAGGGCGGGUCAGGGAACAGUGCCGGCUUUGAGCAGCUUUAGCUUCUUUCCAAAGGCUUAUCCCGGCUCAGUCUCACUCUCUGGACUCAACUCACUUAUUCUCUGUGUGGAGGGGUUUGAGUAAUGCUGGGGAGAGAGUGGGCACGGGGUCAUGGAGCUUUAAUAGCCCAGCAGGCAAAACCUGGGAGGUUCCUUUAGCAGGAACUCAUUUUGUAUGUUGAAUUUCAGAGACUAGGGAGGGCAGUUUCUCAGUUCCGCCAACUCCCUCAUUCUCCCCGGGGAAAAUCAAGCCUCGGCGCUGUUUUGGGGCAGUUCCGUGCUCGGGACAACCCGGUGCUGGGGCGGGACAGCCAUUCCAAGCGGCUUCCUGCAGCGCUGGACGAGGUUUUGCUCUUUGUUCUUACCCAAGUUUCUCCCUGGAGCCCGGGUGGGGUGGCCGGAGCAUACCGAUCCCAGCCCGGCAAGGAAGGAGGAGCCGUGGGAACUGAGGCAGCAAAUCUCUCUUCUUCUUUCCCAGGCCAGAAAUGGGGUUUGGGAUGGGAUGAUAUGUUUCCCCCCGUAAUUCCACUCUGGGAAUGCUGCCCGCCGGCAUGGAGCAUCGCCGCAGGGAUCACCCCUGGAUUGGGAUCGAGCGUCCCAGCUCAGCCCCAGCCAGGUGGUUCUCAUUGCAACCUCUGACUCACCUCCCAAAAAUUCCUGCGCUCACAUCAUGGCAGGAAACCGCUACCGGGAAGUGGUAAAAGCCCUGGACGGCCUGAAAUUCGGCUUUCCCCAGCGAAGGGGGAGAUCAAACGGCAGACUUUGGCCUCAGUCCCUCUGACGCCAGGGCUUGUCAUCGGGGGGAUGUCUCGGCGAGCGAGUGGUGGGUGUGUGGUUCCUCCAGACUCAGCAGCUUUUUUGCCUGGAGUUUGGGAGUGUUUUCCCUGAGGAGGCCUGAGCUCAGAAAUAUUUUUAAGCAAAUUAUCAGCUGGGAGGAAUGAGCUCAGCUCGUCGGCAUUGUUCAGGGCUGUGCCGGCAGCUGCCGAGAGCUCAGCGGAGCGUUGGGGAGCAGCCCCCAACAAGUUGUAGAGCCUGGCUGUGAUUUAAGAGCUGCCACAAAAAAAAAAAAAAACAAAAAACCCUGAGCUUCUUGGAGGCUGAGAGAAGCUGGAUUUUGGGGGAAACCUGCCACCUGGGUCAUGGAGACAGGUAAAAAGGUGCAGCCACUUUCCCGAGUUCUGCAGCAAAUCAGUGACAGAGCCCAGACCUGUGUCCUAGUUGAGUAUGAUGUCUCAGUCACUCUCCUCCCGGAGAUAUCUCUGCUAGCUCUGUCCCCUCCAGCUCUGUGCCCCGUGUCAGCCCCAGCCCCGCGGCGGGGAGGGGCUGAUCCGCAUGGAAACGGCUCCAUCUCGGCACCGGCCGCUCCCGCAGGAGCUGCCUGGAAAGUUCCCACUGCUGCAGUCGGUGCCUGUCCCCCUGCCAAGCCUGCAGCCCUGCCAGCCCCGAUGCAGCGCCAGCCGCGCUAUUUCUGGCUCCACCUUGAGACACGUACCUUCAGCAGUGGGAACGAUGCUAAAAGAGAUGGAUUCGGGAGGAGUGCAUCCCCCUCCCGUUCCCGUCCCCGGGUGGCUGCCGGCGGACGCGGCAGGGCGGGCAGGGAUGUGGAGGAGCUGUGUGCCUCGAAGGGAAGCACUGCAGUUCAUCUUGCAGCAGAGGCACGUCCUCUGCACACCUCCUCCGGGAUUGUGCUGCGGCAGUGGGACCCCGAAAUCCGGGUCUGCUCUGGCACCGAGAGCCCCAGGUCUCUGCUGCAGCCCCCAGGGGCACGAAGGGUUGUGGAAGGCGUGGGAAGCCCCCAGGCUCUGUGCUUUUCUUUCCCCAAGAUAACUCCCAGUGCAGAUCAGCUCCUCCAGCAUCUGGGGGCAGGAGCAGGAGGAGUCCGGGGCCGGAGGGAGCUGAGCGAGGUUAUUGAUGUAUUUAACCCUUGGCUUCUUGCACAAGGCAAACCUCGUCUGCUGUUUAUGCCUCGGUUUCCCCAAAUUCAGGGUACACAUCAGCUUGCCCAGCGAACCCAGGGCACGGUGUUUCAAAUGUACAAACCUUCUCCACCAAAUGAUGUCUGCGGAGUCUGGGAUACCCCAGGUUUCCUCCGGGGACAGGAGCUGGAGGGGUGUUUGCUCUUGAAGGAAGACUGGUGGUGAUGGCUGGACUGGACGCUCUGCCCCAUGGGGGAAUCCUCUUUGCAGUGAGGAAGGA